CCAUGGAUAUACAUCAACAGCACUGCUUCAGUAAUUUACACCGCCAUCUCCAGGUGUUUGUCAAUCUGCAUAGUACUGUAACUCUGUAAGUGCCAGCCGCAACCGCAAGCAUGUGCCAAGCCGCGAGAGCGUGCCACAACAAUGGCCUGGUCGCGUCGGUGUCAUCUCUCCUGAUCUCGCUCGUCAUCAAGCCCCUGGCCAAGAACGCCAUCCUCACGGGCCGGAGCAUCCUCGCCCUCCUCGCCGGCGACGGCGCCGGCAACGCCAGCAGCGCCGCGGCCGCUCCACGUGGGCAGCAUUGCGAGCACUGCGCCGCGAGCGAAGACGACGCGCGCCUGUCCGGCUCCGACGCCGCCGCGGUCAUUGCGAGCCUCGGCCUCGUCCCGCGCCGACGACGCUGUGGCAAUGACGACGAUGACGACGACGGGAUGGUUGUGUGUGGCGGAUGCGAGGCGAUGGGGGUGGUGGAGGAGGUGGCGUGGGGGAGCAAGGAGGCCGGGGAGGCGGAGCUGCGGGAGGCGUUCGGGGUGUUCGACCGGGACGGGGACGGGCUGGUGAGCGCGGCGGAGCUGUGGGGCGUGCUGCGGAGGCUCGGGAUGACCGAGGGCGCCAGGUACGAGGACUGCGCCAGGAUGGUCGCAGCCGCGGCCGCCCGCCACGGCGGCGUGGACGGCGGGCUCGGGUUCCCCGAGUUCAAAGCCAUGAUGGAGCACGCGGUUUGAGCACGUACGAAAUACGUAUAAUUGGGUAAACAGUGGCGCACCGCGAAGCUAGACUGUUCAAGUCGCGUGGCUCAUGUCCAUAUUUUUCAUUGUUUCGUUGGUGUGUAGCUUCGGCUUGUUCCUUUAAUCCGUUUGAAAUCGACUGUGAUCGACUGUAGGAAACCAGUAUGUUUGAUCAGUGUCGUUGGUUGAAUAAUAAGAUCGAUGUG